AUGGCAACCCAUCUGCACCCCAGCAACAGCAACAGGAAGCGAUUCAGCCGCGAAGGCUUUUCCCCGAUUCCUGGAACUGAACAGCAGUCCACCUCCUACCACAACACCAACAUGGCCUACAACAACGGCGAUGCCACCAUCGACAUUCCGCUCCAGCAGGUCAAGACCAAUGCCAGCUCUGGCGGCGGUCUCCGCGAUCCGAGCGUCAAUGCUCAGCAUGUCUCUCCCGACAAUCAACUCCAUGAGCAUGAAAAGCAGGGCUUCUUUCGAGGCCGCCGGGCGAAAGCUGGAGGAACACAGAAGCAUGGCACGGGGCGAGUCGGAUAUGAUGGUGAAGAGGAUACGUUGACGACCAUGGGCAAGAUCUAUACCAAGAUUUCCAACUUCUCCAUCAUAACGAAGUACUUCUUCUUUGUUCUGCCUUUGGGUCUCGUCAUUGCGGUGCCCAUCAUCGUCGGAGCUAUCACGUUGAAUCACAAGACUGGUGCACCCAAGUUUGGUGGUGUGCCGAUUGUGUGGUUCUUCACAUGGGUAUGUCUGGCAAGGCAGGUUACUUCAAAGAGCAUUACACUGACAAUGGACAGGUCGAAAUUGUCUGGUGCUCCCUGUGGGGGGCCAAGAUUGUCGCCCAUUUCAUGCCCUUCGUUUUCCAGAUCCUCGUUGGCACCGUCAGCUCUGGAGUCCGCAAAUACAAGACAGUACUGCAGAAGUUGGAAAUCCCUCUGUCGCUGGUCGGCUGGGCGGUAACAGCUCUAGCCACUUUCAAGCCAUUGAUGACGAGAAACUCCUUCAACGCUGUGCACGAUGCCACCAACGGCGGCAUCUCGUCCAGUUGGGUCAACAUCGUGCAGAAGCUCUUGGCAGCCGCUGUGGUGUCCUCGCUCGUGUUCCUGGCGGAGAAGACUAUCAUCCAGCUCAUCUCGAUCAACUAUCAUAGGAAGCAGUUCAACUCGAGGAUCGUGCAAUCGAAGCGACAUGUCUACAUCCUUGGCCUCCUCUACGACGCCUCGAGAUCUCUGUUUCCCAUGUAUUGUCCAGAGUUCGCCGAGGAGGACUAUACAAUCUCCGAUCAGCUACAACUGGCAGCUCUUGGUGGGAAACAGUCUCACAAGCGCUCUGGUUCGGCUACGCCGAUGCGGGUUCUGCACAAUGUCGGUCGGUUUGGAGAUCAGGUCACGUCUGCUUUCGGUAAUGUUGCGAAGGAGAUUACCGGCAGGGAGGUCUUCAACCCAAACAGCUCUCAUUCGAUCGUCGUCGAAGCACUCGAACGCAAGCGAACCUCAGAGGCGCUUGCCCGCCGUAUCUGGAUGUCGCUUGUCGUUGAGGGCCGAGAAGAGCUCGCUGAGGAAGACAUCCUUGAUGUGUUGGGACUGGACCGGAAAACUGAGGCUGAGGAGGCAUACUGGGCUCUGGAUCGCGAUGGCAAUGGUGAUAUCUCCCUGGAUGAGAUGAUCAUGACUGUGACAGAGUGGGGCCGCGAGAGGAAGGCCAUCGCAACUAGCAUGGUGGAUGUCGCAUCUGCCAUCAACGUUCUCGACGGUCUUCUCUGCACUGUCGUUCUGAUCGCCGUCGUGUUCAUUAUCAUCGCCUUUUUGAACACCAGCUUCGUUACCACUCUGGCCACUGCAGGAACGGCUUUGCUGUCCCUGUCCUUCGUCUUCUCGGUUACUGCUCAGGAAUUUCUCGGCUCGUGCAUUUUCUUAUUCGUCAAGCAUCCUUUCGAUGUUGGUGAUCGGGUGGAUAUUGCCAGCGAAGCCAUGACCGUCGAGCACAUUAGCUUGCUCUUCACCGUGUUCCGGAGAGUGCAGGGGCUGAAGACUGGUCAACUGGUGCAGUAUCCCAACAUCGUUCUGAACACCUUGGCUCUGGAGAACGUCUCUCGCAGCAAGGCAAUGACGGAGCAGAUCACUCUGGACAUCUCCUUCGAUACCACAUUCGACGACAUCCAGAUCCUCCGAAACGAGCUUCAGAAGUUUGUAAGCGACAAGGAAAACAGUCGCGACUUCCAGGAGGAUGUGGAGGUGGAGAUCCUCGGUACCACGGACAUGUCGAAGAUGCAGCUCAAGGUUGAGAUUGCGCACAAGAGUAACUGGGCCAACGAGUCGCUCCGCGCAACGAGGCGCAGCAAGUUCAUGUGCGCGCUCGUCUCUGCUCUGCGUGCUGUUCCAAUCUAUGCGCCAGGCGGAGGUGGCGAUGCUGCAGGCAGUGCAGCGAAGCCGAACUACUCUGUCGCAAUUUCCGACUCGGAGGCCAAGGAGAACGCGCAAAGUACUGCUGCAGACAGAGAAAAAGCUCGUCUUAUUCCAUCGAAGAAGAUCCAGGAAGCGAGGGAUGCAAAUCCUUGGAUUGCAUCAGCGAACUCGGGUGGACAGGCUGGUGCUGGACUCACUUUGCAUGACCAGCGGGUUGUCAAUGACCUGACAUCUCGUGACCCGGCUUCCGACCCAGCUAGAGACGAAGCCUGGCUUUCAGGUCGCGACGACAGCAGCACUCUCGGCGAGCGUCCUAGCAUCGACCAGCAAGAUUUGAACGACGUCCGUGGAUUGCUGCGUCGUGAGAGUACGCGAGGCAAGAGGAAGCCCAGCAGUGAGCAAUCUCGCACUCUCUACCAGCACCCAUCCAACAUCCCCACGAUCAAUGAACCUCAAGCUCCGACGCCAGGCUCCUCGACAGUUGCAUCACCAUACGAAUCGAGACCAAGCUUAAAUACGCAGCCGACUCAGUAUCAGACUGCAAGAAACGUGCCUACUGUAAGCAACUUGCAGAUGAGCCAGAUCAACCGCAACGCCAGCAACUCUAGCAACCCAUACAGAAGCCCACCCCGCCGGAAUAAUAAUGACCAAUUCGGCGAGGAAGACGAUUUUGGGAAUAUGAGGCCAUAUUCCGGCGUUUGA